UGCUAAGCUGCCUCCCCAUCCUCCUCCUUCCUCCUGGAGGAUUCUUCCCCUCCUCCGCCUUUCUCCGUCCAGCAGAGAUUGCAUCCGAUUCCAGUUCCAGACCCAGCUCCAUCCCCCUCUCCCCCCUUCCAAACCCUAGACCCAAGCUAUCAAGCAGCCCGUCGCGCUCACCUCGUCCCCCUCCUCCCCCUUCUUGCUGUCUCCGUCCAUGUGAUUGACUUUCUUGACCCAAGCAGCAGAGCCGGGGCGGAGCAGCAGCCAUGGCGGCGGCGUGCGCGGCGGCGCGGAUGUUCGCCUACAACGCGACCCUCUGCGCGUGCGACCCGGGGUACUACCUCUCGCCCAACGGCACCGGCACGGCCUGCGUCUCCCUCCCCGCCUCGGGCGACGGCAACACCUUCGCCGACUGGCAGGUCGGGGCCGUCGGGGCCGGCUCCCGCAACCAGACGCUCUACUUCCUCGCCCCCGUCCUCUCCCUCGACGCCGUCCGCCGCCUCACCCAGUCCCAGGCCGUGCUCCUCUUCACCGCGCUCGUCACCCUCCUCUCCUGGCUCGCCUUCUGCGCCGCCGCCAGGCUCGCCGGCCGCGACCCCACCGGCAACAAGAGGCUCUUCCGCGCCCGCUUCUGGAUCAGCCGCCUCGACUGCAUCUUCGACACCCAGCACUGGGCGGCUGACCAGCAAGUGCUCAAGAAAAGGAAGACAGAGCUGGGUGGAAUGUGCUCGGUUGCUGCCCUCAUACUCUUCAUUGGAUUAGUCACUGUGCUGUUGUACCAAGCUAUCAACAGGCGCAACAUCGAGGUGCAUCGAGUCAAGCCAGCCAACGCUCCUGAUCUCUUGGCUUUCGUCAACGACAUCGAGUUCCACAUCACCACCAUCUCGAGCAUGUCCUGCUCUCAGGUGACCGCGCCUUCGACGAUCGCGAUGGGGACGCCCGGGUUCAUGGACUUCAGGGUGUUGCCUCUCUCGACGCUCUUGACCUACAGUUGCCAGAACACGAGCCAGGGGCCGUCUAUCACGCUCAAGUGCAGCGGCUGCAGAAUGCCUCCAAGAGACCACUACGUGUCCUGGCAGUUUGUCGACCUGCCGAGGCGACCGGCGCUAGCUGUUGGCUUCCAGUUUAACCUGACUACCAAGCAAACCGGGGACAAUGAGCACGUGAGCUUUGUCAGUGGGACCAUAAACUCUGACAACUAUGGUGAUGAGAAGCUCAAGACAUUCAGGGGGACAGACUCCAACGUGCUCAAGAUUCAGCUGUUUCCCCAGAUAUACAACAAACUUAACAACCUGAAGCUCUUGCAGCCACUGCUUCAGGACUUCACUCCAGGGUCUACCUUUUCGGAUGUCAGCAGCUUGAACGCUUCCCUGCAGAACCCCACAGAUGGAGUAUUAAACACUACGCUCUACAUAAGUUAUCUUUCAGACUACAUUGUUGAGAUUAGUAACGAAAGUGUCAUAGGCCCAGUCAGUAUAAUUGCGAGUAUUGGUGGCCUUUAUGCCUUCAGUAUAGCGAUAUUUCUCUGCCUCAUGGCUCAAUGUGAAGCUAGGAUAAAGAAGCUCCGUAAUGAGGAUACAAGAAUGCUGAAAAUUCUGAGCAAACGGCGAGCUCAACAGAAUUGGGAUAAGGUGAGAAAGUUUGUGAUGUAUACCUGGGGCCCUAGCAACUUGGAUCCAACUGACAGAAGUGGCAAGUGGCCUGAAGCUUCAAUGAUGGAUUCUCUCCAUGAAUCCUUCCACAAGAAAAGAAAACCGACUAGACGAGCUACCUCGAUUGCUACCAGAACGAUGAGAGAUCAUCCUGAUGUGGGAUCAAUUGACAUCGAAAGAGCUGGGUAGAUGCAGGGAUCAAUUGACAUCGAAAGAGCUGGGUAGAUGCAGCAUUAGACAACCUUGAUGCGCCUGUAUGGGCGAAUCCUGCAGGAAGAAGUUUGUAUUGGUUGAGGCACGCGACCAACCAUACUGAAGAUUCUUUUGUUUUUGUCAAUAUGAUCUAUGUCCAGGCAAAAAGUGUACAGCGGUAGGUAGUUUGUAAUUGUAAACUUGCGACAGCUUGAUUUCAUUGGACAAGCACGAUUAUUUCUUGAGCAUAUGAUGGAUGGAUUAUGGAUGUGUG